AUGGCUAUCACCAGAUAUGUAGAACCAGGAAGAGUUGCAUUAGUUAACUACGGAAAGAACGUCCACAAAUUAGGAGUCAUCGUAGACAUUCUUGACGAAAACAGAGUGCUUUUGGACGGUCCAACCACAGGAGUUGCCAGAGAAGUUUAUCCACUCAAGAGAUUGUAUUUAACCGGUCUCAAAGUAUCCAUCCUCAGAGGUGCCAGAACCAAGACUCUCAGCAAAGCUCUCGAAAAAGAUAAUAUUUCCGAGAAAUGGGAAAAAACUUCAAAGGCUAAGAAACAUGCUCUUAAGAUGAAGAGAACCUCUCUCAACGAUUACGACAGAUUCGUAGUUAGCAACCUUAAGAGAAGAAGAGCAUUUGAACUCAGAAGAAAAGCCAAGUAGAUAAUUUCCUGUGCAAGCUAAGAAAUCUUAAUAU